AUGGACCCCCCGGGCGAGGACGUGGCGGUGUGGGUCUGCCGGGAGGAGAAGGUGGUCCGCGGGGUGACCCGGCGCACCAGCUGCGCUCAGGUGGUGGAGGCGCUGCUGGAGGACCACCGGUCCCGGGCGGGGGCCGCCGGGCCGCCGCUCGGCUCGGCCAAGGACUACCGGGUGGCCGAGAGGUGGCGGGGGGUCGAGCGGCUGCUGCCCCCGCACGCCAGGCUCCUGAGGCUCCGGCCACGUCGGGGCGAGGAGCGAGCCGACCCGAGCUUCGCGCUGGUCAAGCCGGACCCCCCGCCCGCCCCCGCCGCCCCCGCCGGGCACAGGGCAGCCGAGGCCAAAGCGGCGCGCCCCAGGGCGAAGGCGGACGCCCGGCGGGAGCUGAGCCCGGUCCAGCGCACCCGCGCCCGACCGGCCGACAAGCAGCGGAGGAUGGUCAGGAGGGCCUUCAGGAAACUGGCCACGAUGAACCGGGCGCUCGUCCGCCUGAUCGCCUCCCAGGAGCGGACCCUCCGCCGCCAGGCGCAGAGGAUGGGGGACCUGGACGCCGACAUCGCGCGGCGCGAGGCUCGCGCGCACCGCGAGCGGGUCCGCAGCGCGGGGCGGGACCGCGUGCGGGAGACCGCUCUGCCGGAGCGCCCGAGCCGAGCGGAGCGCCACCGCGAACGGGCGGCGGAGGGGCUGUCGGCCGAGCAGCUGCAGGGCCACCCCGGGACAGGGGCCGAGGGGACCCCGGCGGCGGCGGCGGCGGCGGGGGCGGCGGCGGCGGAGAGCGCGCGCGUCCGGCGGCAGCUGGAGGAGAGCCGGCGCCGCGCGCUGCGGCUCCGCAGCGAACUGAUGGACGUCCAGGAGCGCGUCCAGCGCUGCGAGUCGUUGCUGCGGGAGAGGGCCGACGAGUGCGACGGCUGCGCCGAGCGACUGAGAUCGGGGCAUCGGCCGGAAAGCGCCGAGAGUGGACCGCGGGACGGGCACGAAGCCUCAGCCUCAGCCUCCGCCUGGACACACCGCCCGCAGACUCCGUGCACCGCCGACCCGAACGACACCGACUCCGACACAGGGAUCAGCUCCACCCACAGCCAGGAUUCAGAAACGCCCUGUGUCGAGGUGCUUUCUGCGUAG